AUGGCACAGCCCAUUAUGAAGGCUCCAUUAAAAGGUGUACAAGCAGGUCGGAACCUCCUAAAGAAAAAGUCUGCUGCCAUGACUCUUCAAUUCCGGCAGAUCUUAAAGAAGGUCAUUCAGACCAAAGUGCUAAGGGGUGAAGUGAUGCGAGAAGCUGCUUUCUCACUUGCUGAAGCCAAAUUCACAGCUGGUGACUUUGGUGCCACCGUUAUUCAGGAUGGGAACAAAGCUCAAGUGAAGAUUAGAACAAAGAAAGAUAAUGUAGCAGGUGUUGCCUUGCCAGUAUUUGAACAUUACCAGGAAGGAACCGACAGUUACGAAUUGACUGGUAUGGCCAGAGGUGGUGUGACAAGGAAAUCACUUUAAAAGACUGAUAUUUAUUAAUUUAAGGUCGCCAAGGAAUUCAGCUAUGUAAUUCCUUAAUGAAAACUCAAGUCAGCCGUCAGCCUUUUAUAGAGUUUAAUUACAAACAGGAGGAAGAAAGGAAUUAGAGAGAGAGAGAGAGAGAGAGAGAGAGAGAGAGAGAGAGAGAGAGAGAGAGAAAGGGGAGAGAAGGGAAUAGGGCUUAAAUAUCCCCUCUGUUUAGGCUGGGCCAAAAGGCCCAAGCCCUUAGAUAGCUGGGGCAAAGAAAAGAGAUCAGUUCCUAUUACUCACGUGACCAAAAUGGAGAAACAGUCUCAAAGGCCCCCACCUUCAGCUUCCUUCAGAGCAAGCUUCUCAGAGCACACUCCAACCACUCCGACAAACUCCUCAACCAAAAAAAACCCCCUGCGUCUUCAGACCCCUCUAUCUUUAAGGAAACCAUCCAAGUUCCCUCCCCUCAGUUCUCACAUCUACCAAUCACCUGUCCAUCAAUUUCCCUGUGCCAAUGGAGGCUCUAGCUUAACCCAGGACCGCCCAGAGGUCUCUGGCUUUGC